AUGGUGGAGGUGGAAUUUCGGGUCAAUAGUAAGUGUCGGAGUUGGAUUGGUUCUUGGCGCAAAAGCAAGAGCAAAGAUCAUCUCUAUCCGUAUCCUAUAGCUUUGGUAGCCCGCAGAACAGGAGGUGUAAAAAGGGGGAAACAAGGGUUGGGUGGUAGAGGAGGCAGUGAAAUCCAGCCAAAUCUCUUGUGGACGCAAUUUUUCUUGCCGAUUGCCGGGAGCCAGGGACGGUGUUUGUGGAAUUGCCUCCUUGGAGGCGGCUGGCGAGAGGGAGCAAGGAUGACGAUGCCGUGGGGGCUCGCGGCCUGCAUCGUGGACAUGGUGUGGGCGGUGCUCGCCGGCUGGGUGUCCACCUGCCUGGUCAUCGCCAACGAGGUCGCCCGCGGCAUGCGAAGUGGCGAGAUCGGCCCAUUCGUUGUCGGCUGA